AUGGACUUCCCAAUGUCCAAUUACACCUUCAAUUACUCCGACUUGGACGACUUUCCCUCCAUCUACGACUUCGGCUACGAAAUCCCUCCCAGCUACCGCGCCGUCCUGGCGCUCUACGCCCUCAUCUUCCUCCUGGGCGUCUUGGGCAACGGCGCCGUCAUCUGGGUGACCGGCUUCGAGCUGCGGCGCACGGUGAACGGCGUCUGGUUCCUCAACCUCUCCGUCGCCGACCUCCUCUGCUGCUUGGCCCUCCCCUUCCUGGCCCUGCCGCUGGCCCAGGACCACCACUGGCCCUUGGGGCGCUUCGCCUGCAAGCUCCUGCCCUCCCUCACCAUCCUCAACAUGUUCGCCAGCGUCCUCCUCCUCAUGGCCAUCAGCGCCGACCGUUGCGCCUUGGUGACGCGACCGGUGUGGUGCCAAAACCACCGGACCCUGGCGCUGGUCCGGGGGGCUUGCGCGGCCGCUUGGUUCCUAGCCGGCCUCCUCACCCUCCCCUCCUUCGUCUUCCGCACCACUCGCUUCGACGACUUCUCCGAGAAGACCACUUGCGUCCUGGAUUACACGGCCGUGGGGCACCACCAGCACGGCACCGAGCUCUCCCAGAAGGCCAUCAAGCUCAUCUUGGUGGUCAUCGUGAGCUUCUUCGUCUGCUGGUUGCCCUACCACGUGGUGGGCUUGAUCCUGGCCUCCACCCACCCUCGCAGCGCCUUGUUCAAGGGCGCCCUGGAGGCCGACCCCGUCGUGGCCGGCGUGGCUUACAUCAACAGUUGCAUCAACCCCAUCAUCUACGUCGUGAUGGGUCAGGACUUCAAGGACAAGUUCCAGCGGUCCUGGAGAGCCGUCCUGCGGGGCGUGUUGAUGGAUGACCCCACCAGCACCAUGGGGGACAGCAGGAUGAAGACCAAGUCCACCGUGGAUGACCAGAGCGUCAGCACCAUGGUGUGA